CGGAAUCCAAGAAUGAAAAUCCGUUGUAGGACUCAACUGAAACGACCCGCCAAAUUUAAGACUUCAUUAAAUUUUUACUAUGUUACUAAAUCCUUUCUUUACGAAGAAAGCGCCUAUUAAGAACAAGAAAGCGCCGGCGCCAUCAUGGUGGUGGGAGACAUAAGAAAAGACAGAAAACACCAUGUCCCCUGUCGUAGUCACUGCUCUUCUCUAUCUUCGAUUGAAACAAAGAGAGGAGCAACUGCUGGAGGCACUGUCUCAACAAGAGAGGACGGCUGGGAAAAUCCCUCACACAAUAUUCAUUCCGCGUGCAAAGAUGCCUUCCCCUACUGGUCCGUAUGCUACCAUUCCUCCAUGUAAUGGGGGACGCUUUCCUCCAUCAGCUGCAUCCGCGCCAGCACCAGCUGUCCCUCCCUCGGGAGGUCAAUCAAAAGUAGAGGGGUCAGGUCGUAAGGCCGGUACUGCAAACUACUCGGAAAAGGAGCUCAUCACAUUGAUGACUCUCAUCAAGGAGAUCCUCCCAAUUGGUAAGAGUGAUUGGGACAUGGUGGUUCAUAGACAUGGACAGAACUAUCCCUAUGGUAGGUCAAAGGAUUCCAUCAAGACCAAGUUCAAUCGAUUGAGGAGAAUGAAGACGCCUACUGGGAAUCCCAAUAUUCCCGAGUCGGUCCAGCUUGCAAGAGAGGCCCAUCACUUGAUUGGAAUCAAGGCAAAUAUUGGUAAUGGAGAGGAGACCUUUGAUCCAGUCAAAGGCUUCAUCAAUGAUGAGGAUGAUGAGGACUUGGAGGAGGCGUUGACUCCACCAGGAGCGAAAUCAAGCAACAGAACGGCGUCGACGUCCAACGCAAUGACCGACGAUCUUGAUACACCCAUCAUUGUCAAGAAGAGAUCAUAUGGAAGGUUGAAGAAGGAAAUGAAUCAUCAGGAUGCUGUUCUUAAGGAUUACCUCAUGAGACAGGAUAAGAGGGAUGCUGAUAGAGACAAGAAGGCUGAUGAGAGGGAAGCCCAAAGAGAAAGACGCGAAAAAGAAAGAGAUCAACGUUGGCUUACCAUGGCUGAAACAAUUGCCUCCUCAAUGGCCUCMACAAUGGCCUCCACAGUGGCGUUGGCGCUCAACAGCAGUAACAAGCGCCCACGCACUGGAUCCCAUGGUGACAGCAACUAAUUUGGAUCUUCUCGUUAGCAACGAUUAACAAUUACACGAUUAUACGGUUACGAUUCAACAUACAGCAGUACAGCAAACAGCAAAAAGCAAAAUAAUGAGCUCAUCGAUUA